GAGGAGCCGGGAGGCGGGAGGCGCCGGGGCUGUUUAAGUGCCCUCCCUCCAGCCCCCAGCCACCCGCUCUGGCUCUGGCCCUGUCCCGACCCCCCGCUUUGGCCCUCUCUGGUCGUGCUCGGCUGAGCUGUCCGCCGGGCACGCGGGCGGCCUCCGAAGCACCCCAAGCCCAUGAGGGCCGCGCGCCGGGCCGCCGGCGCUGACGAGACGGAGCUCCGGGCCCCCGAGGAGGAGCGGAGGAUCAAUGCGGUUCAAGAAUCGAUUCCAGCGGUUUAUGAACCACCGCGCCCCAGCCAAUGGCCGCUACAAACCAACUUGUUAUGAACAUGCUGCUAACUGUUACACACAUGCAUUCCUCAUUGUUCCAGCCAUUGUGGGCAGUGCCCUCCUCCAUCGGCUGUCGGAUGAUUGCUGGGAGAAGAUAACAGCAUGGAUUUAUGGAAUGGGCCUCUGUGCCCUUUUCAUUGUCUCCACAGUGUUUCACAUUGUAUCAUGGAAAAAAAGUCACCUAAGGACAGUGGAACAUUGUUUUCACAUGUGCGAUAGAAUGGUUAUCUAUUUCUUCAUUGCUGCUUCUUAUGCUCCAUGGUUAAACCUCCGUGAACUUGGACCCCUGGCAUCUCAUAUGCGUUGGUUUAUCUGGCUCAUGGCAGCUGGAGGAACCAUUUAUGUAUUUCUCUACCAUGAAAAGUAUAAGGUGGUUGAACUCUUUUUCUAUCUCACAAUGGGAUUUUCCCCAGCCUUGGUGGUGACAUCAAUGAAUAACACUGAUGGACUUUACGAACUUGCAUUUGGGGGAUUAAUAUAUUGCGUGGGAGUUGUGUUCUUCAAGAGUGAUGGCAUCAUUCCAUUUGCCCAUGCCAUAUGGCACCUGUUUGUGGCCACGGCAGCUGCAGUACAUUACUAUGCCAUUUGGAAAUAUCUCUACCGAAGUCCAACAGAUUUUAUGCGACAUUUAUGACCAACCUGUACUAUGUCUACAAACCAGUAUUAUUUUAAUUAUGGCACUUAGGAGUGGGGUAAGAGCUGGAAAUUGCACAAAGUGUGUGUGUGUGUGUGUGUGAGAGAGAGAGAGAGAGGAGAAUGUUGAACUGAUGCUCUUUCUAUAUUAUGAAUAAUAAUUACUGUGAAAGUAUAAAAGCUGUGUUCUGGAUUCCCCCCCCUCCUCCUCACAGCAAAUAAAUAGGGUAGUGAAUUAAUUAUUCAUUCCAUUCCACUAUCAUGAAAGACUGAAUAGACUUGGCCAACUGAUGUUUACAAACCAGAAUUUUGUAUUUUGAUUUUACAGAUUUUACUACAAGGUUUUUUCUAAAUUACCAAGUCAGGUUGUAAAAGUCAGUGUAAUAACAAAGCUUCCUUUUUAAGAGAAAAUUCUUUCUAUCACUUUCCCAUUAGCUGUGUAAAGAAUCAUGGACAGUACUUACACUACUUUACCAUGUUCCAUCUUGGCAUAACAUGGUUAUUUUUUAAAUAGAAACUUUAGUUUUUAUAAAUUUUUAAAAAUGUGUUUCAUUGAGCUGCAUCUCUGCAGUUUCUCAUUCAUGUGAAUUUUUGCAGCAAGCUGUCAACAUUCCACAUACAAGCAGACAUUAUACCUCUUCUGGUCAUUUUACUAAGCAUGGAAAAAUUGCCAACUUUUAACAGUAACAACAAAAACUUGUAGUUUUUCAAACUUUUCUGCCGACCUCUGACUCAGAAUUCCAUGCUGUCUUGGGCCAUAUACUUGACCGAGUUUGGUUUACCAGUGAUGGAAAAGUAUUUUGAUAUCAUUAACUUUUUCAAAAGAUUCAACUUUUUCUCUAUGCCUUUGCCAUGUUUUCUUCAGGGACUUUUUCAACAGUGGAUGAGUAUUUAUGUCUUUAUUAUGAUAGUAUUUAUUGUUGAGUUAGUCAUCCACUGAAAAUUCCUGAAGUGUUAUGAAUUACAGUGAAUAGUAGUAUUGCUUGUUUGGUGCCUGACAGUUCAGACAUUAUCAUUAAGCUUUAUACAAUUGAUUUGAUAUUCACUUUAAAUUGUGGAAUUAGAUACAUAAAUUCACAUUUUUACCUUUCCUCUGUAUCUCCUUUUAUAUUUAAAACAUUAUUUGAUGAAUAGAAACUCAUGCCUCUGUAGUCUACAGGUUACACAUUGACUCGGUGGAAUGGUAUUUAAUAUAUUACUUUGUGGUUUUCCUUCAGUGUCUUAUAUUAAGAUUAACAGAUUAAUCGCUUUAUUGAUUAAUCUCCUGUUGGUGUUUUAAGAAAUGAAAUAGCCUUGCCUUUAGAGUGGGUGCUGGUCAUUGUAAUGGGUUUGAUCAUUGGAGCUAUUGGCUGGACAAUACAUUUGGACUUGUUCAUUGAAAUUUUGUAUUGGUAUGGCUUUAAAAGAGGUCUUGCUGUGUGUGUGUGUGUGUGUGUGUGUGUGUGUGUGUGUGUGUGUGUGUGUGUGUGUGUGUGUUUAGAAUGCACUGAUUUGAGUGAAUUAUAUGGGAAGAGGAUCAGAAGAACUGGUAUUUGCUAGUGAAUUCUUAUUUGGUGAGGUACACCCAAGUGAUAACACCAAACAGACCUCUCCUGUCUGCAUGAUUCUGAACAUCUGGAUGGUUGUUGUUUUAUUGUAUGUAUUUUACUUUUAAUAUACUAACUUUUGUGAAUUCAUUUAAAGUCUGCUCAAAAGUAAAACACUGUCAAAACCACUAAAAUGUGUGUAAUAAAUUGUGCUGUAGACUAGAAUAAAAUUGUUUCUUGGA